AUGGCUACCGGAGCGCAGUCUUUCUACGAGCUUUACCGACGAAGCAGCAUCGGUCUUGCUCUGACAGACACGCUCGAUGAUCUCAUUAGUGAAGAGCGCAUCAACCCCCAGCUCGCCAUGAAGAUCUUGGGCAACUUUGAUCAAGCCAUCACCGAGGCGCUACAGAAGAACGUCAAGGCCCGUCUUCAGUUCAAGGGAAGCCUCGAUACGUACCGAUUCUGCGAUGAAGUCUGGACUUUCCUAAUAAAGAACGUGACAUUCAAGAUGGAUAGCGGAAGUCAGUCUAUCACGGCGAACAAGGUCAAGAUUGUCAGCUGCAAUGCCAAGAAGCCUGGCGAAGGACAAUAGGAUAUGCCGAUGAGUAAUGGUGGAAAACGAAGCAAUACUCGGAAGGGCAAAAAGCAACAAUGAGAUUAACAAAUCUCACGUCCAACGACCACCGAUCAUGAGCUACGAGAAUGCGGGUAUACAGCAGUCAAAGAUUGGGCAACUACUGAAAGAUUGGUUUAUUAGCAUUGGGUGGCGUCUCGGAUAUGGCUAUUCUCUUUUAACAACAUGGACGCAAUAUUGGUGGUGGUGGCAUAAG